GCCAUGGACGACAGUCUCAAGUUAAAUGUUUCUUCAAAAUGUCGAAACCACAUUUGUUGACUGUGUUUAUAGCCAAGCGAUUAAUAUCGGCAGCCGUUAACAUAUUUGGGAUAGAGGAAAGGUGGAUAGCCCAGUACCAGGAGCCACUAGCAGCAGUGACUGUUGAGAUAAUGGCGGCGGUGGAAACGACUAUUGAACAAGAGCUCUCUCGUUCAAAGGAGGAGAUUGAACGUCUACGGAGGCUUCUUCUGGAGUUGGGAGCAGACCCCCAGCAGCUAACUGUCCCUGAAGAGGAGGUUCCCCCUGAGCAGCAGCACUGUGAGCAGGAGUGGAGCCCUAGUCUGGGGCAGCAGGACCUAGAGCCCACACAGAUUAAAGAGGAACGGGAGGAAGUUAGGAUGAGUCAGGAGGAAGAGCAGCUCCACAGACUUGAGUCUGAUUCCACAGAUGUUGUAGAGUUCAUAUUUACUGCUCCUCCCUGUGUGGAAAAGUACUCUGAUCAGGACAGAGACUCUCUACCCACCAACACAACUGAACAGAUACAAACAGAACCUAAUGGAGAGGACCACAGAGUAUCAGAACCAACCAGUGACUCUCUGCUCCUCUCUGCAGUAAAUCCAGACUGUUCUGCAGCUCACAGUGAAAUCAUUGUAAGUGUGGAUGAGGAUGAGAGUGAGGAACCUGUGUUAAAGACCCUCAAAUCAAGGAGGACACAGGCAGAGAAACGACAAAGCUCUCAAGUCUGCACUGAGGCCAAGACAACCAGUGAGCUGAAAGAACCAUUGAAGUCUCACACGAAUAAGAAACCAUUCAAAUGUCCUAUGUGCAGUAAACACUAUAAGACACUAGGCGGUUUAAAAACACAUCAGAGAAUUCACUCAACUGAAAAUAAUCAUCACUGCAAGAAAUGUGGCAAAUCAUUUAACUUGUUGCAGCAAUGGAAGAAACAUAUGAAGACUCACACAGAGGAGGAAUCACCUACAUGUCAUGUGUGCAGUAAAAGUUUUAAACUACCAAACCAUCUGAAAACUCAUAUGAGAUGCCACACCGUAGAGACAUCCAGUCAGUGUCCAACAUGUGAAAAACACUUUAAAUCAACGAAAGACCUAGAGAGUCAUCAGAGAAUUCACAAGGGAGAGAAACCGUAUCCGUGUCCGACAUGUGAAAAAUGCUUUCAAUCAACGAAAUAUCUAAAGAGUCAUCAGAGAAUUCACACGGGAGAGAAAUCGUAUCAGUGUACAACAUGUGAAAAAUGCUUUCAAUCAACGAAAUAUCUAAAGAGUCAUCAGAGAAUUCACACGGGAGAGAAAUCGUAUCAGUGUACAACAUGUGAAAAAUGCUUUCAAUCAACGAAAUAUCUAAAGAGUCAUCAGAGAAUUCACACGGGAGAGAAAUCGUAUCAGUGUACAACAUGUGAAAAAUGCUUUCAAUCAAUGAAAUAUCUAAAGAGUCAUCAGAGAAUUCACACUGGAGAGAAACCGUAUCCGUGUACAAUGUGUGAAAAAUGCUUUACAUUAGCAAAAGAUCUAAAGAAACAUCAGAGAAUUCACAUUGAAGAUCAACUAUACCAGUGUCCAACAUGUGCAAAAUGCUUUAAGUCAAAGUACAAUCUUAAACACCACAAGAAAAUUCACACCGAAGAGAAAUCGUAUAGCUGCAAUGAUUGUGUCAAGUGUUACAGGACCAAGACGGGCUUAGAAGAGCAUGUGAGGACUCACACAGGAGAGAAACCUUUUAAGUGUUCUGUGUGUGAAAAGUUCUUUACUUCAACGACCAUUCUAAGACGCCACGAGAGAACUCACAGUGGAGAGAAACCACACGGAUGCACACAAUGCAACAAACGCUUCCCUGUCAAAUCAGACCUGGUUAAACACAUGAGGACUCACACAGGGGAGAAACCUUUUAGCUGUAAAGAAUGUGACAAAUGUUUCAGUCAUAACAUUAGCCUGAGACUACACAUGAGAACUCACACAGGGGUGAAACCAUACAGCUGCAAAGAAUGUGGCAAAUGUUUUUCUGUUAACAGUAACCUGAGAAUGCACAUGAAAAUUCACACAGGAGAGAAAUCGUUUUGUUGCCAAGAAUGUGGUAAAUGUUUCCGUCAUAAAAUUAGCCUGAGACUGCAUAUGAUGACUCACAGUGGUGAAGAGAAUCUUCAUGGAUGUACUCAAUGCAACAAACGUUUUCCCAUCAAAUCUCUCCUGGUUAAACACAUGAUAACACACACAGGGGAGAAAUCUAAUAGCUGCAAAGAAUGUAACAAAUGUUUCCUUCAUAACAUUAGCCUGAGACUGCACAUGAGAAUGCACACAGGGGAGAAAUCAUAUACCUGCAAAGCAUGUGGCAAAUGUUUCCAAAACAAGAUGGUUCUGACGAGGCAUAUGAGAACUCACACAGGAGAGAAUCCAUACAAGUGUCCUCUUUGUGUCAGUUCCCUUAUGUCAUCAAAAGAACUAAAACAUAUUUACGUGGGAGACAAACCAGAGACCGACCAACCAGAGAAUCCAUCGUGCCUCUGCAGCGAUUGUGGCAAAUGCUUCCCGACGAUGAAAACCCUGAGAGACCAUAUGAGGACCACACAUGACGAGAGAAGGCAUCCGUGCUCUGUUUGUGGAGAUUUGUUUAUGUCAUUGGGUUCUCUUAAAGUUCACCAGAAAAUUCACACUGGAGAGAAACCACAGCAAUGUUCUGUUUGUGGAAAAUAUUUUGCAUUGUAGUGAUGGGAAGUUUGGCUCUUUUUACAGACUCUGAUCUUUGACUCGUUUAAAUAACUCAUCUUUCGACUAAUUUCUUUCGAGUCAGUAAUGCCCAGAGCACGCAGGACCCCCUCCCGGUGAAUGAUGAAAUGAUUCUACAAGUCUCUCGUUCACUAUAAGGGGCUUAUUGGAGUUGUCAUUUGUAAAAGUGGCUUUAAGCAAUGUACAUUUGUCAUUGCCACACAUACAAAUUAUAUUAUUUAUUGAUACCUUGUAAAAGGAGGUCUAGCUACGGCCUGACUAGGAAGGAGGUCUAGGUACGGCCUGACUAGGAAGGAGGUCUAGGUACGGCCUGACUAGGAAGGAGGUCUAGCUACGGCCUGACUAGGAGGGAGGUCUAGGUACGGCCUGACUAGGAAGGAGGUCUAGGUACGGCCUGACUAGGAAGGAGGUCUAGGUACGGCCUGACUAGGAAGGAGGUCUAGCUACGGCCUGACUAGGAAGGAGGUCUAGCUACGGCCUGACUAGGAAGGAGGUCUAGGUACGGCCUGACUAGGAAGGAGGUCUAGGUACGGCCUGACUAGGAAGGAGGUCUAGGUACGGCCUGACUAGGAAGGAGGUCUAGGUACGGCCUGACCAGGAAGGAGGUCUAGCUACGGCCUGACCAGGAAGGAGGUCUAGGUAUGGCCUGACCAGGAAGGAGGUCUAGCUACGGCCUGACCAGGAAGGAGGUCUAGCUACGGCCUGACCAGGAAGGAGGUCUAGCUACGGCCUGACCAGGAAGGAGGUCUAGGUACGGCCUGACCAGGAAGGAGGUCUAGCUACGGCCUGACCAGGAAGGAGGUCUAGCUACGGCCUGACUAGGAAGGAGGUCUAGGUACGGCCUGACUAGGAAGGAGGUCUAGGUACGGCCUGACUAGGAAGGAGGUCUAGCUACGGCCUGACUAGGAAGGAGGUCUAGCUACGGCCUGACUAGGAAGGAGGUCUAGCUACGGCCUGACUAGGAAGGAGGUCUAGCUACGGCCUGACUAGGAAGGAGGUCUAGGUACGGCCUGACUAGGAAGGAGGUCUAGCUACGGCCUGACUAGGAAGGAGGUCUAGCUACGGCCUGACUAGGAAGGAGGUCUAGCUACGGCCUGACUAGGAAGGAGGUCUAGCUACGGCCUGACUAGGAAGGAGGUCUAGCUACGGCCUGACUAGGAAGGAGGUCUAGGUACGGCCUGACUAGGAAGGAGGUCUAGGUACGGCCUGACUAGGAAGGAGGUCUAGCUACGGCCUGACUAGGAAGGAGGUCUAGCUACGGCCUGACUAGGAAGGAGGUCUAGGUACGGCCUGACUAGGAAGGAGGUCUAGCUACGGCCUGACUAGGAAGGAGGUCUAGGUACGGCCUGAUUAGGAGGGAGGUCUAGGUACGGCCUGACUAGGAGGGAGGUCUAGGUACGGCCUGACUAGGAAGGAGGUCUAGGUACGGCCUGACUAGGAAGGAGGUCUAGGUACGGCCUGACUAGGAGGGAGGUCUAGGUACGGCCUGACUAGGAAGGAGGUCUAGGUACGGCCUGACUAGGAAGGAGGUCUAGGUACGGCCUGACUAGGAAGGAGGUCUAGGUACGGCCUGACUAGGAAGGAGGUCUAGGUACUGCCUCACUAGAUUGACAAGGCAUUCCGUCAAGGGUCGUUACAGAGGCUUGACUGCUGUGAGGGUAAUAUGCACAAUAUAAUUCACGAACUGCAGCACCUUCAAAAACGAUUUGUGUUCGAGUUUGUUGAGCAGUGUUGGUGUAUGUUUUCGUUCUACAUGCUGUGUAUCAUCAUAACAUUCAAUUAUUAAUGACUUAGGGGCGGCAGGUAGCCUAGUGGUUAGAGUGUUGGACUAGUAGCCGAAAGGUUGCUGGAUCGAAUCCCGGAGCUGACAAGGU